GCACUUCCUGUAAGGCCUCUGUGUGCAUCCGAACCGAUCCGAACCGAACCCAGCCCUCGCAAGCAGUUCGCGAUGGUGGACGAGCUGGUGCUGCUGCUGCGCGCACUCCUGGUUCGGCACCGCGCCCUGAGCAUCGAGAAUAGCCAGCUUAUGGAACAGCUGAGACUGCUGGUGUGCGAGAGGGCGAGUCUGCUGCGCCAGGUACGUCCGCCGAGCUGCCCGGUGCCCUUUCCCGAAACGUUUAACGGCGAGAGUUCCCGGCUCCCCGAGUUUAUUGUGCAGACAGCGUCUUACAUGCUUGUGAAUGAGAACCGAUUCUGCAACGACGCAAUGAAGGUGGCUUUCCUGAUCAGCCUCCUCACUGGGGAAGCGGAGGAGUGGGUGGUGCCCUACAUUGAGAUGGAUAGCCCCAUCCUAGGUGAUUACCGGGCCUUUCUCGAUGAGAUGAAACAGUGUUUUGGCUGGGAUGACGACGACGAAGAUGACGACGAUGACGACUAUGAAGAAGAUGAUUACUAGGCCCCAGAGCUCGUUGGGCCUAGAGGGGGAGGGCCCUGCACGCCACCUCCCUCCCACCCCACCACUCCUGGAGCCACUGUGCUCCUGCUUGCUGUCAUCCACCUCCCUUCCCUUCUGUUCUCUCUUUCAUCCCUCCCUCCCCCGUAGUGCUUGUUUUGUUACAGGAUUAGUGCUCCUUACCUGCUACUGCUGGAUCUGGGCCUGGGCCUUGCUCUGAAACUUGCCCUGUCUUGGUGUCUUGUCUUCAACUCUGGCCAGCCCCAGUACCACUCCCCUGCUAAUCUGUACUGUGUCCUGACUCCAACUACUGGCCAGGUUCCUGUUAAAACUGGUCGAAUCACCUAUAUUCCUGCUGCUGCCACCCCCUCGACUGCCAGUCUUACUGCCCAAAGACCUAUGCUGCCACUUUACCAUCACCCACCACAUCCCACAGACAGACUAUAGCCUUUGGAGAUAAGGACCAAGUAGAAGAUGGCUGAGUUGGCUACAUCUCUUCGGACAUUCAUUUCGACAGCUCACCAACCCCUGAAGGGGCCAGUGUUACAGCCUGGUUAGUUCUCUGUCUAAUCCCAGGGUUCCUUCUCUGCCCUACCAGAUUGCUGCAGGAGCCUGAUGUGCCUGAUGGCUAAAAUGUUGGCGUUUCUUUUUUCUUAUGCACCGGUUUUGCACAGCAGUUGUUUUUCUUUCAAAGUUGCAGCAGUCUCACAGAUGUGAGCAUUUGGACAAAUAAUACUAAAAACAAAACAAGCAAAUAACAGAAAACAGGCACUCAGCCCAGCUCCUCAAUACUACCUGGAAAAAGCAUUGGCAUUCUUUUCAAUA